AUAAAUGUAAACUUCAUCCUGAAGCGAGAGCAAUGAUCUUCCAAGAGGAUGCUGAGAAGUCGAUGGAUGAUUUCCUUGAAGAUGAUAAGCAGUCGAUAGAUGCAAUCCGAGAAGACACUAGGAAGAAGACUUUUGACUUGUUAUUCCCACUUCACAGGCAGUUUCCCUAUUUACUUCCAGUUUUGGAGGACUAGUGAAGGUGCAGAGAGUAUCAUCAGCUCUCAUAUUCCUUCCUGACGUUCCUCUGAGAAUCCACCAGGAAGCAAGAGCGCUAAUCAAGAAAAUGAGAACCUCGCUUUUCAAGGCUAUUGCAACCAACGACAAGCCCGCCUUCAUUCAGCUAAUUAAUGAAGGAUAUGCCUUUGAGACAACGGCUAAAUCUAAGAGCACCGUGUUACACCUGGCUUCAAGGUUUGGACAUGGCGAAUUAGUGCUGGAAAUUAUCAGGCUGCAUCCCAGAAUGGUUGAGGCCCGUAAUAAAAAGGGAGAGACUCCAUUGCAUGAAGCUUGCCGGAAUGGAAACGCCAAGGUGGUCAUGCUGCUAUUAGACGCCAAUCCCUGGCUUGGUUGCGCGCUCAACAAUGAAGACCAGAGCCCACUUUUCUUAGCUUGCCACAACGGGCAUCCUCACGUAGUGGAGCUCAUUUUGAAACAACCCUGGAUGGUGGAAUUCGAGGAAGACAAUCCGGAUAUGAAUUGUCUUCAUGUCGCUGUAUCAAGAGGGCACACAUAUGUUGCUAGAAGAAUAUUGGAGGUAUGCCCGAAUUUUGCUCCAAAGACUGACGACAUGGGACUUUCAGCAUUGCACUACGCUUGUAGUGGGGACAAUCUGGAGAUAACAAAAAUGCUUCUAGGGCUUGACCCGGGUCUUGCAGUGAAAUUUGAUAACAAUGGUUAUACACCACUGCACUUGGCGGCCAUGAAUGCCAAAGAUGCAAUCCUUGAGGAAUUCCUAGCGAUGGUUCCCGCUUCUUUUCAACUUCUCACAAGAGAGGGAGAGACCGUCUUUCACCUUGCAGUAAGAUUCAACCGAUUCAAUGCCUUUGUAUGGUUGGCACAGAAUUUUGGUGACACGGAUCUCUUUCACCAACCUGACAAAAGUGGUAACACCAUCUUACAUCUCGCAGCCUCUGCAGGGCGCCAUCGGGUAAAGAUCUUUCAUAUAGCCAAACAUAUGCACAUAUACACAAUUGUUUUACUGCAGACUGAUCAAAGACAAGUGAUUUCCAUGACUAUUUCAGAUUUCUGUGUUAUCAAGUCUCUAGCAGACUACAUCAUCAAUAAAACAAGGGUGGAGAUCAAUUUCAGGAACUCUGGAGGGCAUACCGUUCUUGACAUCCUCGACCAGGCUGGAAGCAGUUCAAAAAACAAACAUCUUAAAGACAUGAUCAUAGAGAAAGCCAAUGGUAAAAGGAGCAUUGAAUUAUCGUCUCUUAUGCCAGUGCCAGUGAUUGAGCGAACAAGUCCCCAGCCUCUGGCACAUGAGGAAAGACCUGAAGAUGUACGUGAUGAAGAACUCAAAAUUCCUUUGGAAUCUGGGACACACUCACAAAGCCGGUUCGAAUUGUCUACAGAUGACAAACUUGACAAUCACACAACAGGGCACUUGCCUGCAUUAUACAUUGAAAUGAAUUCUGGUGUUGAUUUUCUCAACCAUCAAGUUGAAGAGAAAUCUGAAAUUCAGGAUGAUAAUCAGUCUGAACUGCGGCCAGCCUUGUCGAAUAGAACAAGGUAUUCCUCAAGCUGUUUGUGUAGACACAAGCAUCUCAGUCAAAGACACAGGAGAGAUCUACUUGAGCUUCACAAAGUUCGCCAGAAUAGGCAAAAUGAAAUAUACAAAGAAGCGCUUCAAAAUGCCAGGAACACAAUUAUACUAGUCGCAGUUUUGAUCGCCACGGUUACUUUCACAGCAGGCAUAAGCCCUCCUGGCGGUGUCUACCAGGAAGGACCAAUGAAAGGGAAGUCCACGGUAGGCAGAACAACAUCUUUUAAGGUCUUCAUGAUAAGCAACAACAUUGCAUUGUUCUCAUCCCUCUGCAUUGUCAUAGUCCUAGUCAGUAUCAUCCCCUUCCAGAGAAAACCACUGGUAAGGCUUCUGGUGGUUGCUCACAAAAUCAUGUGGGUGGCAGUAUCAUCCAUGGCUACAGCUUAUGUUGCAGCGACAUGGGUGAUUAUACCACAUGAUAGGGGAACCACAUGGACACUUGAAGUUGUAUUCUGUUUCUCUGUUGGAACAGUGGGAACUAUUUUUGUUUAUCUAGGCCUAGUGUUGGUAAGACACUGGUUAAUGAAGUUGAAGACGAGGAGAGAAAAACAUACAAAGUCAAAAGGGAAGAAAGAAAUAGAAGAGGCAGAGGCUGCUGCUGACAAAUUUGAAGUUAUCACAUCAUCCGGUCACUGGAGAGAAAAGCAUACCAAGUGGAAAGCAAUGAAAGAAAUAGAAGAGGCAGGGGCGGCUGCUGAUGACAAAUCUGAAGAUGUCACAUUAUCCAGUUACUCUGAUGUUGAUAGUGCCAGGCGCCUAGGACUAGGAUAUCAUGUGUACUAAAAAAUAUGCGUCAAAAACAGAUGGUCCAAAAGAAGUUGAUUUGGUGCCUAAUUUGUGGGAUCAUAAACAUGUUGCUAGUUCAAGGAAAUCCCUUAU